CGAACUGACAGCUCAGAGAACCUGUAGUAGCUUCUGAGCCAAUACAAAUGGAUGCUGGGAUGGACCUGCUCCACAGCUCCGGGGUGGAGAUGGUGCAGUAUCUGCAGCUGAAUUACAGGGAUUCCCAGAGCUGGUUCACUUUUAUCUCCAUCGCUGCUGACCUGAGAAACACCUUCUUUGUUUUCUUUCCCAUCUGGUUCCACCUGUGUGAGGCAGUGGGCAUCAAACUCAUCUGGGUGGCUGUCAUCGGAGAUUGGCUCAACCUCAUCUUUAAAUGGUUUUUAUUUGGACAUAGACCCUACUGGUGGGUCCAUGAGACUAAGCUUUAUGCUAACUCCUCUCUUCCAACACUGCAGCAAUUUCCUUUAACCUGUGAAACCGGUCCAGGAAGUCCAUCCGGUCAUGCAAUGGGUUCAGCUGGUGUCUGGUAUGUGAUGGUCACUGCAUUCCUGACCUUUGGAUUACAAAAGAAACAAACUAGCUUCCAAAAAUGGAGUCUCCAUGUUCUGCUGUGGACUGUGUUUUGCAUGAUCCAGAUCUGUGUUUGCACAUCCAGAGUGUUUCUGGCUGCCCAUUUCCCACAUCAGGUUUUCACGGGAGUUAUUUCAGGAAUGGUUGUGGCGGAGAUGUUUGGCCGGCUUAAUGCAAUCUACAGUGCAAGUCUCAAGAAGUAUCUGCAGAUCACUGUCUUCCUGUUCUCCUUCGCUCUGGGCUUCUAUGUACUGUUGAAAGCGCUGGGAGUCGACCUGCUGUGGUCAGUGGAGAAAGCCCAGAGAUGGUGCGCCCGAGCAGAGUGGAUCCACAUUGACACCACUCCCUUCGCUGGGCUGGUCAGGAACAUGGGAGCCUUGUUUGGAUUGGGAUUAGCUCUGAACUCACCCAUUUAUGCCGAGAGCUGCAAGGGAAAGAGAGGCCAGCAGUUCAGCUUCAGAUUCAUCUGCAUUGUGGCCUCACUGAUCAUCCUGCACCUCUUUGACUCUGUGAAGCCUCCAACGCAAAGGGAAUUCCUGUUUUAUUUCCUGUCCUUCUGCAAAAGUGCCACCGUGCCUCUGGCAGCUGCAGCUUUUGUCCCAUUCUGUGUGUCACAGGUUGUAAACAGACAGGAGAAGAAGGAACUAUAAGUGUCCUAAAUUUGCAAAACUUGGAAACAUCUUGUGGACUUCAUUGCACUGUUAGGCGUUUAUAACAACAUAGAAGCUAUUGGAAAUAUUCUUUGCUCUUUAGCAUCUAGAAAGAGAAAAGCAAAAGAGAGAAAGAGAGAUUGGGAGAGAGGGGGAUAAAGGGAAGGGGUGUUACCUUGAGAGAGAGGAGACAGAUAGAUGUAGUGUGCACCAGGUAGAGGAAGACAGACAAUGUGAAAUGGAGAAAGAUAGAGGGCCAAACAAAUAGGGAAAGAGUAAGAGAUAGUAUUAAUUAGAGCAGCACAAAGAGGCAGACAGAAGGAGAGCAAGAGACUGUUAAGCAGCAUGAAAUAGAGAAACAGAGAUAUGGAGGUAAGGAUUGUCAGUAGACAGCAUGAAACAGAAAAAAGUAGAGAGUGCAAUGUUAAUGCACCAACUCACUUUCCAGAUGCUGAUGAACAUUCGAGCUCAUGUGCUUCAUCUUCCCUGUCUUCCACUUCAGGUUUUUAGCAUUUGUGUUUUUUUACUGGUUUCAAGAUAUUAUUCUGCAGUGUGUUUUUUCUUUAUUUUAGGAUGCAAAAAAUAUAAAAAUAUGCAGAACAGCUUCUUGAUGAACUUCUGAAAGUUUAACUGUCUUGGUAGUUAAAAUUUCUUCACAUGGUGAAACAAACAUCUGGCCUAAUUUACUACAGUAGAUACUUUUGUCUGUUCAGCAUUACAUUGUAAGCCAGGUAUGUUCCUCCCUCUUAAACUAGUAACUUGAAAAGCUGAGCUACAGUUUAGUGACACAGCUGCAUGUGAUCAGCAAGGAAAAUGGCCUCCCUGUUUGCCUGGUGCCUUGGAAAGUACAUUAGUUCCUGCCCUGUACACACAGUGGUAAGAAAAGGUGCUACAGUCUGCUGGUCUGGAGUUGAGCUAAAGACUAUAAAAUGGUACUGGUGAACUGAAUUAAAAACUGGGUAUUUUCUGCAUACAGCCAAAUGAACUGGGUACAAGCUUUCUAUCUGUUGUCAACAAAAAGUGGAUUGGGUACAGGCUUUCCAUCAUGCAACAUCUGUAAAAAUGUUUCCUUAUGAUGUAUGUUAAUGCGUUUGAUUAUCUCUUUGCAUUCUACUAUACUUUAAUUCCAGUCAUCCAUUGCAAAGCCACUGGACCUGGACAAGGAUGACUAUAUAAGGAUAUAUAGGUAUCCAGAGCUAACUGUGGUUCUUUCCAUGAUUGGUUGUCUGGACACUGUUCUACCACUAUGCCAAUGCUGAUCCAUGCUGACUUCCACUGGAUGGAGUUUCAUGGCAAGUCUUAGCCAGUACUUCAUCUGUAACAAGGAAGUGCCAUCUAAAACCCUAAAUCAAAUCCCAAUCUCUUUGUUUUCCAUUUGUUAUACUUGUAUAAAAUGCUCAGAGCACUUUCUUUAUAAAGAAAAUUUCAAAUUAUAUGUGAAUUAGUUUAAUUCUAAUAAAGUCACUAAAUGACAUUUGUAUUCA